CCCUUCUUUAAAACUAAACCCUCUAACUCAUCAAGAAGGUUCAAUCAAACCUAUAAACACCUAGAAUUUUGAACAGUUCUUCACUUCUCCAGUAUUUCCCGGCAAUUCCAGAUCUCUCUAUCUCCUUUCUUCUUCAAAUCCAAUCAGAGAGUGAUCUAAAAAUGGUGAUUCAAACGAAUCUCUCAUAUCGUUUCUUCAUCUUAAUUGUGUUUUUAUUUACCCUAGCGAAUCCAAAAUCAGAUUCAGAUCUCAAAAACGAACUAGUCUCCCUCCGAUCAACCGCCGAAUCAGGCGUGAUCUCCUUCAACAACGACGACGUUUCCAAAUUCAUAACCUCCGUAUCCACUCCUAGACCUUACUCACUCAUCAUCUUCUUCGACGCCGUUCAUCUCCACGGCAAUAGCCAGCUACGUCUUCCAGAGUUCCGCCGCGAAUUCAGACUCGUCUCCGCCACUUUCAUCACCAACAACAACAAUGAAUCUAACGGCACAAAGCUCUUCUUCUGCGAGAUCGAAUCAACUCACUCCGAGGCUUCUUUCCGCCGCUUCGCCGUCGAGUCACUACCACACAUUUCCCUCGUUAGCCCCACGACAGAGAAUUUAACAGAAUCAGAUCAAAUGGACGGUGGAGAUUUCACUGGAUUAGCCGAAUCAAUGGCAGAGUUCGUCGAACGUCAAACAAAACUCACCGUUUGUUCAAUCCAACGACCACCACUCAUAUCAAAGACACAAAUCGGAAUCAUCGUUGCUAUAAUCAUAAUCUCGACUCCGAUUCUCAUCAAGAAGAUUCUAAAAGGAGAAACACUUCUCCAUGACCAUAGAAUCUGGUUAGUUGGCGCGGUUUUCGUCUACUUCUUCAGCGUCUCGGGGACAAUGCAUAACAUCAUUAGAGAAAUGCCAAUGUAUAUCAAAGAUUAUGAAGAUUCAAGUAAGUUUGUUUUCUUUAUAGAAGAAUCAGAGAUGCAGCUUGGAGCAGAAGGUUUCUUUGUAGGGUUUUUGUAUACUGUUGUUGGAUUGCUUUUGGCGUUUGUUACUAAUGUAGUUGUACGAGUCAAGAAACUCGAUGAGCAAAGGAUGGCUAUGCUUUUGGCUCUGUCUAUAUCGUUUUGGGCUGUGAGGAAAGUUGUUUACUUGGAUAAUUGGAAGACUGGUUAUGAAAUUUACCCAUAUUGGCCAUCGAGUUGGCGGGGAUGA